UUUGCAUGAGUUGUUGGUAAGUAAAAAACCAUGCAUUGUUGUAUCAUAUGUGAACAUUUUUACUGAAAUGGAUUUAAAUCAGAUGAAAAGAUUCUUAGUUUGGGCUUCGAUUUGCGGCCUUUUGAAGACAGCUUGUGGCGUUACAGUAAAGUAUAGCUGCUUGCCUUCACAAGUGACCGGAAGUGAGUUUAAAUUCACAGUGAGGGUGAGGAAAGAUGGUGAUAAUACUAUUACAGGGAUUGCAGCUGUCGACUCGAAAGUAAACCCCAACCCAGGCAAUACACCAGCAGCAUCCGGUUGCACGACGACAACUGAAGAAAGCACGGGUAUUUACGCAUUAUCUGCAGACAUCGACACUGACUCCUUGUCAUGUGGAGUUUCAUUGGAUAGUGGAACAACCUACAACAUUCAGAUUCGCGCAACAGGGACCAACAGUUACUUCACUUUUCAAUGCGAUACGACAGACCUCCUACCAUCUUCAGUGUCGGUUACUAAUUUCGCAACAACAGGUGUAACUGGUGUUCUUCACCACGUUGAGAAUCCUUUUGGGAUCAAGGCACAAGUGUUGGAUGCAGACGGAAACUACGCGCCUGUGCGUUCAGUUAAACUAGGCCAAGACAUCAAACUCAGGCUUAUCUAUGAUACUGGGCAUCUGGAAACUGGUCCAACAAAUUUAGGGAUGGUGUUCCAUACCGGCUAUAUACGGCAUACAGGCUCAGAGCUGUAUCUAAAGUUGUUCACCCCAGGUCUCGGGACCAAUGUCCACAUAACAGGAGUACUAUCUGGAAAAACAAUCGACGAAUGGGUUGUUGUCAAACGUGACAGCCCGGUCAAAGUGAGUAUACCAAGUGAGUACCAGAAUACAGUGGCGACGAAAUCAUCAUGGACAAAGGAAGUUCGUGGUCUAAAAAUUGAAUCACGUGACUGCAAAAUAGGGGUAAUCCUUGGGGCUGAGAAAGGUACAGAUACCUCCGCGAUGACUGUCCUUCCUGAUGACAUUCUCGGGGAUUCUUAUCGCCCAUUUGCAUCAACAGAAACCGCCGUUAACGGUGAUCAAGAGGUCUUAUUGGUGGCCACAGUUGCAUCGACAGAAGUGGAGAUUAAAUACAAUGAUUUUACUAAACCUGGAGGUUUUCAAGUUGACAAUACAAAUGUUGGAAAUGGUGCUGCCCAAACAACAGUUACUCUGAACGAAAAUGAAUUGCUCCAUAUUUUGUGUGACACUGAGUGUGAUGAGCUGCAAAUCACUAGCACAGAGAUUAUAGCUGUUGUAUCUGGCUGGGACAACAAAGGUCAUGCUACAAGUACGUCUGCACUAGGAGACUCAUCGGCGCAGGUAAUUCCAAACAAGUACUAUAGUGACGAAUAUGUUACAUUACAAUCUGGCUUAUUUGAAUAUGGAUAUAUAAUCUUGAAUGAAGACCCCAUUGAUACCACGAUUACUUAUGCCGACAGCAGCGCACCUUCUACUUCAGUAAAUCAAGCUACGUUUUAUAAAGAUUUUGAUCGUUCUGAAGUGUCAUUCGAAACCCCGGUUUCUGUGUACAUGCAUGUUUCAGACGGUAGUUCUGGUACUCCAGCCCUUCUACAAUAUCCAUCUGUUGAACAAUGGGCAACAUCGUACUUUUUACCAUUAGAAGAUGGCGUAAAUUAUAUCGCUAACAUAGUUACUCAAAAGGGUGAAUACAGUAGUAUAACCAUGAAUGGUCGGUCAUUAAUGCAGUCAUUUGGUGAUGCAACUGAUGUUCCAAAGCUGCUUUCAACUGCAGCACCUGGGCGGCCGGCGUAUUACGAAGUAAAAGAAUUGAACUUUGACAAAAAUACGUUUGACGGCAAGUUAAACGUCCACUUUGAAUCUGGAGACAGGUCAAAACCUUUUAUGUUAUUCAUGUUGAAAAGAGGCACUGACAAUUCUUUAACUGCGUUUUUACCUUUCGGAGUCCGGUAUCCGACCACUAAUCCGUGUGUUCCAUCAACUUCGGUUCCUGGAGAUAACCUAGAUAACGACUGUGACGGUAAAGUCGACGAAGAGAUGCUGAAUAAUGUCGAUGAUGAUGGCGAUAGCAGAAUCGAUGAAGAUGUGGCUUUAAAUCCUCUCACAGCUGGAUCCCGUGGUAUCUAUGUGAAAACUCUUUUAAUCGCCGACAAUGCUGGUUUCACGUGCUCCACUACAGUUCAUUCUUCUGGUUGUAACAUUAUCACUCCAGACACAAAACUUAUGGGUGCGAUUUCGCCGUUUAAAAGGAACACUAAUCUUGCGUCAGAGUUCAGUGACUACUGGGUCAUCGACACCGAUCCUUUCAAUGCAUUCAAAUAUUUGAAUAAAGAUAAGGUCUACUUCAGGAUAGAGUAUGAUUUCUGCGUGGGGAAUUUAGCACUGUGUGAAAAAUCCUGUGCUACAAGGCGUAAAAGGUCAGCUAGUGCAGAAGACAAGUUCCUUGACCUUAUGCUUCAAGUUAACGGGAACGACACUGAAGUGCACGUGAUUGGCCCAGACAACAGUGACGUCAUAGGCAAAGGGAAACAAGCCGGCAAGCAUCCUUGUACAGACAACGCUUUGCUAUGGGUGCCAGUGACCCUUCUCCUUCUGAUGACCUUAUUUUACGCGACCAUGACAGUGUUCUUCUUAUACUACCGUUAUAAAAUCAUGAACAACUUGUAACAAUUAUGUUUAGAUAUAAAAAAUGUGGCUUCAUAGUAACAUAUAAAGCAUAUAAUAAAAUGUAUGCACAGACACAAAUAGUUAUUCGCAUAUAAAACAUAUAUAUAUACAUAAGAAAAAACUUGGAUGAUAGAGGCAAUGAUUAAAUGAUCUUCUCACAUCAGGACAUUUGAAUUUCUUCACCGAGAAAGAUAUUCUGCUAGUUAACGGAAGACUUGUGGUUCUAUCUAAAUGUCUUCUGUUUACUGAAACAAGACACAAAUUGCAUCUAGGUUCUAUCCGCAAGAAAUGUGUCUGUAUAUGACUUUUACCACGGUACCUAUACUACUUCUUGACUUGUGAUUUGUUUGGGACAGAAAAAACAGUACAAAAGAAAGUUGAAAGUAAAAGUUUUUAUUUUCUAUUUUCUGCCAUAACUUAAAAAAAAUUAUCACACAUUUCAUCAAUUUUUCAUUACAAAAAGUAGAGCUGGUUAAUUCUAGCGAGAAAAAUAUAAAUAUUGAUAAAGCCAAA